AUGACCGGACUUCCCGGACAUGGACUUUCGUGUCCGCAAAAAAUCACCGGGACAACGUCCGUGUACAACACUGCCAGGUUUAUUAUGAAAAAUAUAACCUUAGAAGAUUACAUUAAAAUAGAAAUCUUGGUCGUAUGGUAG